AUAAAAGGACUUUUUGACAACGAUGGAAAUUGUGUGCUUGCUGGAAGAAGCACCGGAUUAAGGUGGUGGCUAUUGGCGCUGAGGCAUUAGGUCCAUUCUUUGAAUAGGCCCAGAUGAAAAGAGACGAGGAUAUUUCUGAAGCUGAAUUAAAGCUUAAUCCGGCAUUGACUUGACUGGACAAUCUUUUUAAGAGUAAUGAACAUGAAUCAAAUUUCACGAGCUAUAAUUUGUAGAAUAAUUCGAGCCUUUUUUGUAACGGAGUUUCAUUGUAAUUUUCUCCUGUAGACAUGGGGAACUUAAAUUCGAUGGGAAUAAAAAAUUCCAUCUGUUUUAGCAAUAUCAGAGUCUGUUGGUUAAACCUUCCUCUACCUUGAACAAAGAGAAACGUUUGGUUUUUUUGGGCAACUUUAUUGUAUUUUUCAGGACGUUUCACAAUAUUGCGUUCCUGUUUUGCGCUCAUCGGUUUCCGCUACGUUGAUGUUAUAAAGAAAAUUCUCUUGCUGUUUUGUUCCCUGUGAAGUCGUUAUUAAGACUUGCUCCUCAUCAUCGUUGUCAUAACUAGACUUAAUAGGGUGAUAAACUGGGUACAAUCAAUUACAUGUGGGGUAACUUCGUUUUGUUAUCUGACACGUAUGUGUUUAGAGCAUACUUAAUAGCAGCCGAAUAUACCUUAUUACUUUUUUAUCGACAUCAAAGUGAUGUUAUUGCUUCCUUGAGGGCUACAAGCAAAUAAAUACCAAAGUACAAAUUGUCUUAAUCAUUUUACAACGACCUAUAUACCAGCAAGACCGACCUAUAUACCAGCAACACCAACCUCGCGAAAUGAAGAAAAUAAUUAGAUGUGCUUGCUCCUCUGUUCUGUUUGCUGUGUUACUCUUAAAGCUAGGGAAUGGCGUGGAUUGUCGAAAAGAAGAAUCUGCUGGUGGCAAUGAAAACAAGACGAUAAAACUGCCAACGCUUGGUGUUGGUGUGCUUGAUAUUAAAUCAGAAAUAGAACAAGAAAAUGCAUUGGUUAUGGCCUUGGAUGCGGGGUACCGAAUGAUCGAUAUAUGGGAAGGGGAAGAAGUUCAAAUAAAAAAUGCAAUUUUGAGGACGAAGGUGCCACGAGAGGAGGUGUUUAUUGUUGUUAAGUUGAGCCCCCCAGAAACCCUCGACCAACUUUACGACACAGGUGAGGCCGUGGAAAACAUUCUGAAACGGCUGGAGACAAGCUACGUUGAUUUGCUGUUGAUGAAUUACGCUGAUUUCAACAACCAGCAUUUGCGAAGAUGGAGGGCUAUGAUUUCUCUGAAAAACAGAGGAAAAGCAAAAUUAAUUGGUGUUUCAAACUUCAACUUUGAGCAGGUGUCAUCACUCGGCAGCGCCACUGCCAUAUUGCCAUCAGUUGUUCAGUUAGAGAUCAACCCAUUUUUCCAGCAAGAUGAGUUGGUUAAAAAUCUCACUGCAAAAGGCAUAAAGAUCCAGGCAUAUUCACCUCUCGCAAAUGGUCACAAACUCGAAGACACGAAGCUGAAAGAAAUAGCGAAAAAAUACGAUGCUACAACGGCUCAGGUUCUCAUUCAAUGGUGUAUUCAAAAAGGGUAUUCGUGCAUUACAAAGUCUACCAAGAAGCUGCAUCUCGAGGAUAAUAUCAACUUAGAGGAUUUCAGUCUCGAAGAUGAAGACAUGAAGAAAUUAGAUGCUUUGGAGGAAGGUUUUGUCACGAACUAUGACCCAAAUGAUCCUCGUUUUUAUGAAAAGUCAUUUUAUCAAGCAAGAGAAACUGAAUCUGGAACUAGGACAGGUCGUCGUGGCGACGAUUUGGAUGACGAGCAGUUGACAGAUGAAAACUAUCAUUUCGAUGGAGAAGAUCGUUCUGCAGCUUCUGUAGGUGAAGACGUACCGGGCAGUGGCGAACAUGGUAACCAACAAUCGAAACAAAGCCAGAGCAGCAUAGAAUUGGAGGAGGAAGUAUCAGGAAAACGUGGCCUGAAAGGUGAAACAUCGAGAAUACCAUCAAGUGAGACGAGUAGAGCCGGACCAGGAAUAAGUGGAGGGGAUCGCGUGAAGCACCGAGAUGAAUUUUGAACAAAGACAUUUGAUAUUAACUGUAGUUCGUUUACAAAGAAAUUUGAUAUUAACUGUAGUAUGUCAUUCCUAAAUGGAAUAAGGGCUAUCUCUCUGUGUUGCUGCUUGUGAAAUUUAAGCAUUGUAGAACUACCCAGAAGGAUCUCUUGUGUAUCCUUUAAAUGUAGGAAACAUUAUAAAGAGAGAACUCGUUGGCACAAUGACCCAGAGGUCAGAAAAUGUCUCAGCCUUCCUCCUGACAACAUUUCGUCCCAUUUACCUUCCUCGGAAAUUUCCUCAUACCUUUUCAAUAGAAGUUCCAUAUAAAUGCAAUUUAAGUAAAGUCAUCUUUAGUCUGGUCUUUAAAAUUGGUCAAGAAAAAAGAAAAGUUGAAGCACAACUGUAAAUCCCUCUCUUAUGUAUUUUUGUCAAGUUAUGGCAUUGGCCUUCCUCAAAGCUCCUACGCUGUUUCAUAACCUUUCUCCGGCUAACAGCCGUGGAGCCGCAAUCUUUUCUGGAUUCUGCACUGACCACACCAUUUCAAUAUAGAGAGUAUGUUUAAAGUAUUCAGUGGUUGGAAAACAGUUAUGUAUUCAAACAUUAGCAAGUCAUAUUUCAUACUAAUCAACAACGAAAACCAAUCUGCAUUCUACUAAAUGGAUCUUCUUUGUUUAUACUGAUCAACAACUACAUCGUUGUCUUUUUCGUGAGGAAACAAAAUAUUGCGUAGAAAAUGAAAUAGGAAAAAAAAUCUUACCUGCAAUUCCUGUAAAGAAAACAUUUUAAAUGAACGAAUACGUCAAUGUAGAGAAUAAUAGAGAACACUUGAACACUAACCUCUAGCUGGAGCAGAGAACACUAGCCUAGCUGGAGCAGAGAUAAAUGUACAGUAAACACCUGCGUAUAAGAACCAAACAAAAUAAGGACCAAUAGUUAAUAGAUAUUCAAACUACAGGCU